AUGUCCAGCCUCCAGGCGCUAUGCUCUGGCCUGCCACUGCGGCCCCUCCCGGAAAACCGGGGACGCUGGGCUGGGGUGCCCCACGCACCCGUCAGGACCCCCGGCCUUAGCCCUGCGGAGGAGCAGCUCGCACUGAAGAAUGCCCUGCGCUACUUCCCCCCGGACGCCCAGGAGCUGCUGGCCCCUGAGUUUGCCCAGGAGCUGCGACUGUACGGGCAUAUCUACAUGUACCGGUUCUGCCCCGACAUUAAAAUGAGGGCCUACCCAAUCGAGCAGUACCCCUGCCGGACGAGGGCCGCUGCAGCCAUCAUGCACAUGAUCAUGAACAACCUGGACCCUGCCGUAGCCCAGUUUCCCCAGGAGCUCGUGACCUAUGGAGGAAAUGGGCAGGUGUUCAGCAACUGGGCUCAGUUCUGGCUGACGAUGUCCUACCUGUCACAGAUGACAGAGGAGCAGACCCUGGUCAUGUAUAGCGGACACCCUCUGGGCCUCUUCCCAAGCAGCCCCGGGGCCCCCAGGCUGGUCAUCACCAACGGGAUGGUCAUUCCCAACUACUCCUCCCGGACAGAGUAUGAGAAGCUCUUUGCUAUGGGAGUUACAAUGUACGGCCAGAUGACAGCAGGCAGCUACUGCUACAUCGGUCCCCAAGGCAUCGUCCAUGGCACAGUGCUCACCGUGUUGAAUGCCGGGCGACGGUACCUGGGGGUCAAGGACCUGGCUGGGAAGGUCUUUGUCACCUCUGGGCUGGGCGGAAUGAGUGGCGCUCAGGCCAAAGCCGCGGUCAUCGUGGGCUGUAUCGGCGUGAUAGCAGAGGUGGAUAAAGCCGCCCUCAUGAAACGCCACCAGCAAGGAUGGCUGAUGGAAGUGACCGACAGCUUGGACCACUGCAUUGAAAGACUCAGGGAAGCAAGGAAAAGGAAGGAGGUACUCAGCCUUGGUUACCAUGGCAAUGUAGUAGAUCUUUGGGAGCGGCUGGUCCAUGAGUUGGACACGACGGGGGAGCUCUUGGUGGACCUGGGGUCAGACCAGACGUCCUGCCACAACCCGUUCAAUGGCGGUUACUACCCUGUGCAGCUGGGCUUUGCAGAGGCGCAGAGCCUCAUGGCCUCCGACCCAGCUGCAUUCAAGAGCCUGGUCCAGGAAAGCCUGAGGAGGCAAGUCUCGGCCAUCAACCGACUGGCCAAAGAGAACUUCUUCUUUUGGGACUAUGGCAAUGCCUUCCUGUUGGAGGCCCAGAGAGCAGGAGCUGACGUGGAGAAGAAAGGCGCCAACAAGACAGAAUUCCGCUACCCUUCGUACGUCCAGCACAUCAUGGGAGACAUAUUCUCCCAGGGAUUCGGGCCUUUCCGCUGGGUAUGCACGUCAGGGGACCCCCAGGACCUGGCGGUCACGGAUGAGCUGGCCACGUCUGUGCUGGAGGAAGCAAUUGCUGACGGAGUGAACCCGGCUGUGAAGCUGCAGUAUGUGGACAACAUCCGCUGGAUCCGGGAGGCCGCCAGGCACCGGCUGGUGGUGGGCUCCCAGGCGAGGAUCCUGUACUCAGACCAGAAAGGCCGUGUGGCCAUUGCUGUGGCCUUCAACCAAGCCAUCGCCCGUGGGAAGAUCAAGGCACCGGUGGUCCUGAGCCGGGACCACCAUGACGUGAGUGGCACAGACAGUCCCUUUAGGGAGACCUCCAAUAUUUACGAUGGUUCUGCCUUCUGUGCAGACAUGGCUGUGCAGAACUUCGUGGGAGAUGCCUUUCGAGGUGCCACCUGGGUCGCUCUUCAUAACGGCGGGGGUGUUGGCUGGGGUGAAGUGAUCAAUGGAGGAUUUGGCCUCGUGCUGGACGGGACCCAGGAGGCUGAGCAGAAGGCCAGGAUGAUGCUCAGCUGGGAUGUGUCCAAUGGGGUGGCUCGGCGCUGCUGGUCUGGGAACCGAAAGGCCCACGAGAUCAUCUGCCAGACGAUGCAGGACAACAAGGGCUUGGUGGUGACGCUCCCACAGGAGGUGGCAGAUGAGCGCCUGCUCCAGCAGGCCCUGAGGCUGUGA